UUCCUGGAUAUGUUCACUACAUAGGGCACAAUAUAACAGUGUAUGCACACUAUGUAGGAUCCCUGUGUGUGCUGAGGAAGCCAUUUUGAAUUCAGGCCAUUUUGAAUUCAGUGUGUUAGCAGGCGGUAGAUUGAAAACAUCGGAUGCAACAUUAUAACCUUCUGCUUUACCUUCAUAGAGGAGAAAAUCCAGCAGAAUGUCCCGACCUAUGGGCGACAGUCAUAAGCGGUUCUUACAGACCAUGAUGAGUAACGGUAUAAUCAGUAGUGUUCAGGCCAAGGCACUUCAUCGCCACUGUUGUGAGACUCAUGGAGCACAUUUUUCGCCAGAUAGGUUGGAGGAAUUCAUCGACGUGAUCAAUACUAAUCUUCAGCCCAUGUUCAUGCACAUUAGAAAAGGCACGUCAGAAGAGGACGGUGCACAGCACUAUGCCUUGGUGAACAUGGCCGAAACGGACAUCACGAGAAUGUCUUCUGAUUACGCUGAUAACGAGUUGGAACUGUUCAGGAAAACGAUGGAUCUGAUUUUAGACUCCGAGAACGGUACUGCCUCCUCCACUGAUCUCCUGAAUUGCGCCGAUCGUCUCCAGACAAAGAAAAUGAAAAAGAAAGAGACGGAGCAUGUGCUGAAUAAGUUUGUCCAGGACAAAUGGUUAAAUGAGAAACAAGGUGAAUACACUUUAAGCACUCGCUGCAUCAUCGAGAUGGAGCAGUAUAUACGUACAGUUUACCAGGACCUCAUCAGACUCUGUCACGUGUGCCAAAACAUCGUCUUACAGGGCCAAAUCUGUGAAAACCCUGAGUGUGGUAUCAAGAUGCAUUAUCACUGUGUGGCCAGAUAUUUUAAAGGACGCACUGAUCCACACUGCCCUUCCUGCAGUGACUUCUGGGCUCAUGAGAUUCCCGAAAUCCAGCCAGAAUCACAGAACCAGUCUUCUUCUGCGAGAGACCUGGCUGCUCCUACACCCUCCACGUCUGCCACACGCCGCUCCAGGAGGUCGUAAUGUCGGUCAACUCGCUGCAUCCUGAUCUCAGCGUUGCUGAUUUAAAUGUGGUCUAGUUCGGCUGAUUUUUUGUUUGUUUUUAAAUAACAGGAUCGUACGAUGGUACAGUUACGUUCAGUUGUUUAAAGGGGAAAGGGAAAAGCGCACUCGCAACGAACAAUCCGAGUUCAUUACACUAUGGAAUCUUGAAAUAAAAAAAUAAAAUAUAGAGGUAA